AUGAGGCUCCAUAUUCAACCGCUUCCAAGUGCCAACCCGCCAGUGUGGCUAGUUUUCCUGCCAGAUGCAGCUGACGGUCCCAGUGGUCUUGGAUGCUUGGUUCAAAAAAGGAUGUUCCAUCUCAUUGGUUUGAUUGUGCAAUCCCAGCCUAAGAACGCACCAGACCAGCCUGCUGGGUCCAAAAGAGCAAACUCUCACCAGCGAUCUAGACUAUAUGAUACCCGCUCAUCUCUUCAUUCGGUCAGCAAACAUCCAGUCAUGCUGGCUCUUGAAGCUUCGGUUUGUAAAUUCAAUGCUGAAGAGGGUUUGUUGUUUCUGCUGCUAGCAGAGCUGAAUACACGUCAGUCACAUCACACGCGCAGGGAAACGGAGUGGAGGGGUGAUAGAAAGCAAGAGGAGAGAGCAAAAGCCAGCAAAGUGCAGAUCGUUUCCUUAAUGAUGCUUGGCAUCGAAGAUUGA